CAUAGGAUAUCAGGCAUUGUCAUAAGAAGCCAUUAAUGAAAUUUUGUAUUAAGCAUUAAUGUUACGUUUUUUUUUUAAAUAGGUUGGUUGGCAAAUUCAUUUAUAUCAUAUAACCUUCUUGAAGUUCUUAUCCCACAAUUUCCACCCACCAAAAAGAAAAAAAAACAGAGAAAAAGAAAAGAAAAAAAUAAAUGAAUGAAUAAAAAAAAUAAUAAUAAUAAAUGUAAUAUAAGUCAUGCUCUACAUCCCACUCCUCGCAACAGAUGCACCUUCGCUUUGACGGCACCUUCGGCUUCCCUGGGGGUCUGAUUGAGGAAGGAGAGGAUGUGAUCGACGGCCUCAACAGAGAAAUGGCCGAGGAAAUUGGUUGGAACCCGGCAGUCCGGCAGAUUACCUGGUCGGAUUACUACAGUACUCAGUUAGAAACAAGAAAGAACAUGGUCCUACACUUCUUCAUUGUUCAAAUAACGCUUGAACAGUUCACUGAGCUUGAGAAGAACUGUGUUUUAGCUCCAGAGUAUGGAAAUGAGGUCUUUGGAACAAUUCGUGUUCCUCUAUACACAAUGGCCAACGAAUACAGUGGGUUACCAGCUUUCCUUAAUAAUAAGUUCAUCGGGAUAGCAAAGCAGCAGCUUCUGUUAGCACUGUAUCAGAAGAAGAUUAUGGCCGAGUCGGAAAUUACGGAAGUUUUGUAUAAGAGCCAAAACUACAAGUUAGCUCCGAAUAGGGUCUGAAAAAUUGAACGGCAGAAUUGGACAACUAAUACUGGCUUACAUCAGUGAGCUGAUGACUUGGUGCUGUUUGCAAUCAGUUCCUUUAUUUGACCUCCUUAGAUGUUUGUUGACAAAAGAAAGAAUAGAAGAAGCAAUAUAGAAUUUGAUCAUCAAUGUUUAAUGUAAACUGUUAGUUUUAUGUUUUUUUUAUUAUUACUUUAGCAUUGCAAGGGAUUUUGUGUGUUUUCUUGUACUCUC